AUGCUGAGAGAUCAGUUGAAAGUAGAACUCAAACGAUGGGAGCACCAAUUCAUUGAUCAAAAUGGUAGAGCUCCUGGGAAAGAGGAUAUCAAGAAGUUACCUGAGGUCAGGAAGAUGUACAAGAAUUAUGCAAUACUGCGAAAAGAGAUUGCUAUUAAGCCCAAACCUGUCGAAGAGAAUUCAUCACCUAUUAAAAGUGCUACGCAGUCAUCCAUGUCGGCUAAUUUGGAAUUGGGGCCUACUCCGCAGAUUCAUGGGAAGGCGAUGAGCAUCUUUGAGAUGACCAUUUCGCCGACGAAGACCCCCCAAGUUGAACAGCCAGAAGAGGUUGAACAAUCCUCACCAACGAGCACAAUACCCGAAGAUGAGACUGAGCAUACCGUCCUGAUGGAGACAUCGGCCGUCAGGCGACAACUGACAUUUGAUUCUACAGCAGGCUUUUUAUCGCCUACUAAAGAUUCGAACAAUCACUACUAUGGUCCAAAUUCACCAUUAAAAUGGGAUAGAGAGGAUCUUAAGAUCACAAUAAGACAUCAAUCACCUUUGAAACGCACACCGAAUAAGCGGUUGAGUGCCACGACGUCGUUCAGUCCCUCACCUUUAGUAAAGCGGCCGUUGACUAGAUCUCUCAUGGAGCUCAUGAAAGAACACGAGGCAAUUGUUGAAGAGUUCAAGAAUAAUGACGACGCUUUCGUGGUUUCUCAAGAACCAGAUAAUAUAUUCACACAAGAUGAUGAUCCAAUCGAAGCAGGCGACACAAAGACAGUGAAAACAAAAAGAAGAAGAAUACUUCGAAGACAAGUUGAUCCUGCAAAGGACAAUUCUGUGAAAAAGGAUAUAUCACAGGAGCUCGAAAAAUUGAAACGGCAACGGGUCAAUGAAUUUUUGGGAAUUGAUAAAGCUGAGCCAGAGCCAGAACCGUCUAUUGAGGAUGAGAAACAAGAAACAGAAGAAGCUAAAGCUCCCAAGAAAUCCACAAAAAAGAGAAAUAAGAAGUACAACCUUGUUAGUAACAAUUUUAGAAGGCUUAAGCUUCCCAGAAAAUCGGCUGCUAACCGUCGGUGGAAUAAUAGACGAAGAUAG